AUGGGCCAAGUUACCUCCGCUGCCGUCGUCGCGUUGACGGCGCUGGCGCUUUCCCCGUCUGCUCACGCUUGGAAGCCGCGCUCUGCGCUUGAUGUCGAGCUCGAGAUCGUGUCCGCCGCGGACAUUGCUGCCGGGGACCGCUUGGACUGGAAGGCUUCACUCAAGGGCCAGUUCUCGUCGAGCGACGCGUUCGCAGCCAUUGAAGUGAUGAACGAGACAGUGGCGUGGACACGUCCCAUUGCCUCGUCACUCAACCCCGAGUGGGACGAGAAGUUCUACUUUCGCAACGUCGAGCCCGACACGUCGUGCAAGCUCUACUUGAUGGACAAGGACCUUUUUAGCGACGAUGCACUCGGUGAGGCGGAGUUCAUCGCGGUUGAUACACAUGGCAAGGAGAAAACCUUCGAGCUACCCAUCACUCAUGAGGCCAAAUCUGCCGGGACGAUUACGGUCAAACUCAAGUCGCACUCGACGUCCACGAAGGGCGACGGGAAGCUGCUGCAAUACGGACCUGUGCACUAUGCCGUGCACUCGAGCUUCGUCGGUGGCGUCCUCACGCAGACCAGGACGGACGAUGACAAGUUGCGGUUUCUGGCCUACCACAUGUACUUGCACGACAUUUCGGUGCACCUGCCGACGGACAUUGAGUGGAAUCGAAACUAUCCGACGAUUCGUCGGAUCUUUGCCUCGGACCACCUGGAAGCGCCUGCUAUGCGCAAGAUGGUCCAGUCCGAGCACGACUAUGUCUACAAACACAACGGCAAUACGGUCUACGGCGAGCUUGAUGAAGCCGAUGAUUUUUUCAAGCUCUUGCACGGCGGCAAACGGCAGGACCAGUCCGUGCUCUAUACCUACGUGGUCGUUGAGACGGGCAUGUACUUUUCCGAGACGGGGGCUGCGUUUUUCAAGGACAUGCUGUCCAAGCACAUGCUGCACUCGAGGGCCCAGUAUCACGUCAAGUACGCCGGGGAGUUCUACAUCAGUAAGGGACAUUUCGGGAAGUACACGCUGCACAUUGACAACAACAGUGGCACGUAUUCCCCGCCGGAGAAAAAAGUUGCCGCAGCUCAAGGCGCUGCUCGAGAGCAAUUUCCCGGGGAUUAA